UAAACAAAAGAGAAAAAAGAAAAGAAAAAAGAAAUAGAAAAAAAGAGAAGAGCCGCCUCCCUCGGCUCCCACCGAAAUCCCUCCUCCCCGUUCUCCGGCCGCGGGGCUCGACGCGGACUCGGCGGCCGCCUCCGCCGCCUCUCCUCAACCAGCGAUUCCACCCGGAGGAACGAGCCGCCCCACUCCUCCUCCUCCUCCCUCGCCCAAAACCCUAGCAGGGACCGCCACCGCGAGUUCGAGGCCCAAUCCCCGAUCGAGUCCGCCCAAGUCGCAUUGCUUUUCCGGGCAAUCUCUUCCUCCGCGUUUGGUUUUGACGAGCGUUAACGUCUUCCUCGUCUAGGGAUUAUUUUUUUUCCUUCUCUGCGUGAGUGAUUUGGCGGUGAUUUUCGAGGUUUGACUUUGCACUGCCCAAUAUUGCAUCUCCAGUGGAAGAAUCAGAGUGAAUUAAAUUAACGCUGUCUGGCUGCGUAAUUAAUAUCUUGGGUGGUGGUGCUCCACUGAGUGGAGGCUAUGGCGACGGCAACAAUGGCAACGGCAGCUGGUGCGGCCGCACUUCUAUACUACACGCUGAACCGCCGGCUUCAGGUGGAGAAGCUGAAUCAGGAAGGUGAUUGUGGCAAUGGCAGGGAUGCCGCAGCGAGGGGGGCCGUCAGUACUACCAGCAGGAGCCGGGUGUCGAGGAGGGAUGUUCGUGCUCCCGCCACAUGGCUGGAGACGAUCUCCACUCUGUCGGAGACACUGCGGUUCACUUACUCGGAGACCCUUGGGAAGUGGCCCAUCGGUGACCUCGCUUUCGGGAUUAGCUUCCUCCUCAAGAGGCAGGGGAAUGUACCUGUAGCAAGCAUAUAUGCUGGAGAAGAUAGUGUGGAGCUCAAAGGAGCUGCAGUAAUUGCUGACUUAAAGCAUCUUUUGAAUUUGUUGACACUGUGUUGGCAUUUCUCCAAGAAGCCAUUCCCAUUGUUUUUGGAGGCGACUGGCUAUUCUUCGGAGGAUGUUCUGAUGCAAGAACCUAAAGCAGGAAUUUUGAAGCCAGCCUUCACCAUUAUACUUGAUAGAGACAAGAAAUGUAUACUUCUAUUAAUUAGGGGAACCCACAGCAUCAGGGACACCCUAACAGCGGCCACUGGUGCUGUGGUUCCAUUCCACCAUACUAUUGUACAGGAAGGUGGUGUUAGCGAUUUAGUUUUAGGGUAUGCACACUUUGGGAUGGUUGCAGCAGCUAGAUGGAUUGCAAAGCUUGCAGCUCCUUGUCUUGCACACGCGUUACAUAUUCAUCCAGAUUAUAAAAUAAAGGUUGUUGGACAUUCACUUGGUGGUGGUACAGCAGCUCUGUUGACAUACGUCCUACGAGAGCAGCAGGAGUUUGCCUCUACUACUUGUGUGGCAUUUGCUCCAGCUGCUUGUAUGACAUGGGAUCUGGCAGAAUCAGGAGUGCAUUUUAUCACUACAGUCAUCAAUGGAGCUGAUUUGGUUCCAACUUUCUCAGCUGCUUCAGUAGACGAUCUUCGUUCAGAGGUGACUGCAUCUGCCUGGUUAAAUGAUCUGCGCCACCAAAUAGAGCAAACCAGAAUUCUGAGCACUUUCUACCGAUCUGCAUCAGCGUUGGGAUCAAAACUGCCUUCUAUAGCAAAUGCCAAAGCAAGAGUAGCUGGUGCUGGUGCCAUCCUAAGACCUGUAUCUACUGGGACACAGGUUGUAAUGAGGAGAGCUCGUAGUGUAGCACAGGCAGCUUGGACAAGACCGGCACUUCAGCUAUCCUCAUGGACAUGUAUCGGGCCAAGGAGGCGGACUAAUACUGUAUCCUCUUCAACAAUCACAUCAGAAGAAAUAAGAACUUCUACAAAUGAUGCCUCUGAGUCCACUUCUCUGUUGACUGAGAACACGCUGGAAACCACACAGAUAGUUCAAACUGAAACCAUGCAAUUUGCUGCAUCAGAAGAGGUUCAGAGUUCAACUGAGGUGUCAGAUGCUGUUGGAAUGAUGGAUGAGAAGGUAGAUAGUGACGGCGAGGACAUCAUUGAUCACCAUGUGGAUGAGGACAGGAUGACUGAUGUAGAGCUGUGGCAACAACUUGAAAAUGAGUUGUAUCGAAGGGGAGAAGAUGACGAGAUAGUAGAGGAGGAUUUGACUGAAAGUGCUAUUACUGAAGAGGUGGGUGGUACAGCUGAAGAUGUGCUCAGUGAGACCAAUGACAAGGAGGUACAUAGAUUUUAUCCUCCAGGAAAAAUCAUGCAUAUAUUAACUUCAAACAGAGUGGAAACAGUCAAUGCCGAAGAGUCGAACGUGCCUCAGGAAGAUGAUACGGCUGCGGAUUUGGAUACCAGAAUAGGGAUCUUCUUGACGCCAAGAUCAUUAUAUGGCAAGCUAAGGCUUUCGAAAAUGAUGAUUAACGAUCAUUACAUGCCUAUAUAUAGAAGAAAUGUUGAGCAGUUGAUCGCUGAGCUUGAGAAGGAUUCGUCUUUCCAAGUCAGUGACUGCCCUGAUAGUGAACUUCCCUAGUUCGAAACAUACUCACAUGUAGUUCCAGCUGUUGUAAACGCUGAUGCAAUAGAAUGAUAGUUUCGUUAAA